AUGUCGCAGUUCGGUCUGUUUUAUGAAGGUGUUCGUUGGGACAUUCCUAGUGAAGGUGGAGCAGCAUGCCUUUCUUAUCUAUCAAAGACUCGGCGCUUGCUUGAGACUCUAUUUUUUACAUUUGUUUACGGGAUUUCGCUUUUGUGGUGUAUUCCAAGACUCAAGCUUCCCGUUGAUGAAAGGUAUACUCCACGUAAACGCAUAGCAUGGAUAGCAAUGGUUCAUUGCUUGGUGUUUGGCAUGGAAGUCGGCUACAAACUCACAGCUCGUUCACUAAUCUUCAUUUUUAAUCCGUGCCAUGCAAUAACAGCUGUUCAGAUAUGGCUUUUGUGUGCAAAGCCGAGCUCAUUCGUUACUGCCGUUUUUCGUUUGCACCUUCAUGGUAUCAACGGGACGCUGCUUGCUCUUUUACUUCCGACAACUGGCACAAGAACGCCCGCUCUUCGGAUCAUCUACUUCGUUCAGCACAUUCUCAUUCUCUUUGUUCCGGCUUGCAUUUUGGAUCAAAAAUCCGUCUAUUCAAUUGAGCCUUUGGGUGAUUUUAAUUGGGUUUUAACGUCCUUGGCGAUACAAACGCUCUACCACUUUCUUUUCCUCCAACCGCUUGGAAUGCUAACCCAUGCUAACCUGAACCAGAUGCUCUGUCCAUCUCCCUCUGACCCGUUUGCUGGACCUCACUAUCGUAUAGCCGCAAUGAUUCACCAACCACUGUUGAUACUUCUGUCGGGAAAGCUUUACUCUAUCAUUGUCUUGUGGCUACAACAAUCCAUCAAGUCUCCGAACUUCCUCAAGCCUCUCUGCUCCUCCUUUCAUUGGCUUCCUGGUCUUACCAUCAUCUCAAGGAAUCCCACUAAAGCUGUCGCCGACCAAAUUGUUUGUGAAAAGACAGUAGAACGGAGACCGCGCUCCUUGGAGGAACUUUUCCAAACUCAAAGUAGUUGCACUACUUCGGAGUAG